UUUGUUCAUUUCUCUCCUUCUCUCUCUCUCUCCCGGAAAAGCAAAAUUCUUCCUCAUUUGUCCAUUGCUGCUUCGUUCGAUUGGAAAUUCGGUAAGUGAUUAUGAACUUUCAUUGGAUUAGUUGAUAGAUUGCUGUCCUGUGGCGUUGACCGUCAUAUUUCUAGAUUGCCUUGGACAAUCGAAGAUUCUAUAUUGUGAUUUUGUCAAUCCUUUCUUCGAUUGCCGAGAUCCUGAUUUAAAUUCCGGUAACUGAAAUCCAAAAUGCGCAAGUUGUCGCCGCCGCUGAUCUGAUUUUGAUUUCAAAAUAACCUAAUGAAGGCAGAUCUGGGGCUUGUUCUAGGUUAAUUCAUCCGCGACAGAUUCUAGGGUUUUUAUAAAGUUUAUUCAUUGAUCGGUAUAAUGGGUUCAACCCAAAACACAAUCGUGUACUGUUGUGUAGUAAAGUGUAGUCAGAUUAUGUUUGCUUACAGUAAUGGAGAUCCCAAUAUUGAAAGUAUAGCUGCAUUGUGUUUAGAAAGGAUUCCACCCUUUCAUAAGUUCUAUUUCCAAACCAUGAAUGGAAAGACAUUCGGGUUUUUAAUGGAAGAAAGUUUAGUUUAUUUCUCAAUAUCAGACGACAGUCUUGGUAAUUCAGUUGUUCAUAACUUUCUGGGUCGUCUUAAGGAUGAAUUCAGAAAGAAAUCGAAAAAGAGUUUGAGAAGAUUGAAUUCACAUGGUUUACAAGAACAGUUACUGCCUAUUAUCCAUAAAUUGAUCAUGUCUUUAGGAGAUGAAUGGCCUGUAGAAACACACUCGGUUGGGCGUACAGGAUUUUCAUUAUCGGGUUGUAAGGAUGUAAAAGCACAGACAAAUGAUGGAGCUGUUUCGACGAAAGUCCCAUUAUUGGGAAAGUCCGAUAAGAGAAAGAUGAAGGAGCAUGUCAUUGCUGUUAGAGAUGCAGAGCUAGAGGAGAUUCACAGGAAGUCAACUGAUAGAAAUUCAGAUGGAAGCAGUCAGAGUGUUGCGGUUUCAUCUAUGCAGUUACAGAAGGACUCGGUUUUGAUGAGUCGUCAAGUUGCUAGAAAUAAAUGGUGCAAACAAGUACGAAUUGUUCUUGCUGUUGAUGUUGGUAUUUGUUUUGUAAUGCUUAUAGUUUGGUUGGUUAUUUGUCGUGGUAUCACAUGUAUUCGUUGAUUUUUUUUGUUCUUUCUUGUUAUGAAUGUGAACUAAAAGAUGAUUGAGUGGAAGUAGGUUACAUUUUCC